CCUCGCCUGCGCGCCGCCACGCGACACAGCGAAAGUGAAAAUAUUACAAUGAAACUGACAGUGCGUCUGUUUGCCUUUUGGUUGUUUGCCCUUGCGGUCGCUGACGCCAACGACCCGGCACAAAUUGAGAAGCAUAACAAGAUCAAGACUUACCAACUCGAUGUGCCGGGAAAGGAACCGAUAACAAUCGUAGAAAAUGAAGAUACAGAAAGAAAUUGGAAACAGAUCAUGGACGUGAAGGAUGAAAAGGAUAAUUUGGAAAUGAAAAAUUUAAUGACUCAUAUAGUUCAUGAUUUGGAUGGAAACAAACCCCGUUGCUACGGACCAUCGUGUCAAGAAGGACAAGGUGACGACGACGAAAACUUCGAUGAUUAUAUUUUAACUUCCGAUAAAUUAAAGGACUUUGGAGAUUUUCCUAAGGACCGAUUGCAAGCUAUUAGCGCGUUAGCUGCGAAACUUAAAAAGGAAAAAUAUAAGCUUGAUCGAUAUCCGCAACCUGAUAGUGAAGAAGAUGAAGAUAAUAACGGAAAAGUUUACACAACCUGGAAUAGAUUAAAAGUGAAACAGCAUAAACAUCCUUACGAUGAUAAAGAUGGUUGGGUAACUUUGGAGCCCGUUGCAUGGUCUUCCAGCAAGAUAUCAAAAUGGAAACCGAACGUUAAAAAGCAGAAGCCUAGCUAUUGGAAUGAAGACGAAAACAAAUUCCCUGAUGAUGACAGAUAUAUGUCUAAUGUUGGGUCAAGCAUCAGCAGUAGUAGCAGUAGCAGUGGAGGUUAUAACUACCCACAAAAAAGACCAUCGCUAUCUCGGCCAGGAUUCAUCAAUAACAAAUUGCACGUGCCUCAUGAAUACGAGCAAGAGUUACCCUCUAGGCCUACGUGGAGUAAGCCUCAGCAAGCAUCAUAUCCCCCAUUAUGGGCACAGGAUGACAGCAGACGUCCACACAAACCAAACUGUGAUAAUGAUGAUGGUUAUCCAAAUGAAGACACGGUAUAUUACGGCAUGUCUGAUUCCGUUAUGACAGACAACCGCCCAUCAAACUUCCCUUAUGAAUACGAAGCACUGCAUCCGUCAUCCAGCUCAAAACGUCCUUUUAGAAGACCUACUCAAGUAGUCUAUUCUGGGCCUUCAGAUUACGAUAAUGAUCGUGCUUCAAGACCACCAUACGGUGAUGGUCAAUGGGUUUUAUUAUCGACUACCAAAGGCUACAGGAAUAAGAAAAGACAAAGGUCUCUGAGUUCGCCUGCAGAUGAACCAACUGAUGCAUCAACUGUAACAUCUCAUCAGGCAAUUGCCUUAACCGUUCUGCCGGUUGACAAUAUACACACAAACAUGACAACAUCUCAUGGCGGAUUGUUAGAAGUUGAAAAGAGUUUUCAAACAGUAGAAGAAUCGAAGAGAGAUUUGGAUAAGAAAAAUGAUUUAGAUGUGUCUGCUUCACAAAUAAGGCCAGUGAAAAGCAAAGUUGUGCGGAGGGUGAUGUCUAACGUUUCCCCGGAUAGCUCCACGCUGCUGGCUGCAGUUGGAGCUGGCAUGGUCCCUGCUACGAUGGCCAUGGUUGUACCUAUGAUGUUAGGGCGAAGAAGAAGGGACAUUCAAGAACCAGAAGAUGCCCAUAUACAAAAUAUAUUGUUUAGAUACCAAUAGGUUACUAUUUAAGUAUGAACUGUGAUUGCAUUAUUAAUUUAUAAAGAUAUUUAUAAUGGUAUUGUUAUACCUUCGGUCGUUUAUUAACAAAAAAAAAAAAACGUUUGAGAAAUAUUGUUAACGUUAUAAAAAUAUUAAUUACUUAUAAGGUAUUUUAUAAAAUCAUAUUAGAUGUUUGAAUUUUCCGGUUAUACUAUA